AUUGCCAUUCCGGACUGCGCUGCCCGUCAUUGUUUAAAAAAUUACAUUAGCUGUUUACGACAUCCAAUUAUGAAGAUGGAGUCGGUAGGAAAGUGAAGACAAUGAACAAGGCUCCCCCAAUGUCAACCGAUGGAUCACCUAUGGUGGCUCAGCCAUCUCCUAUGAUGGGGAUUGCACAGCCACCGCUAGGAAUGAGGCAGCCCCACCCAAGUCCUGUCCAAAUGGCACCUCAACCAACUCCUGCAGGUGAAAAUAAGGUCCUUGACAAGCGCAGACUCCAAGAACUAGUAAAAGAAGUAGAUCCACUGGAACAAUUGGAUGAUGAUGUGGAAGAGGUAUUACUCCAAGUGGCAGAUGAUUUCAUAGACAGCAUUGUCAACUCUGCCUGUCAAAUUGCCAAACACAGGAAGUCGAGCACAUUAGAGGUUAAGGAUGUUCAACUACACCUUGAGAGAAAUUGGAACAUGUGGAUUCCUGGCUUUGGAUCUGAUGAAUUGCGUCCAUAUAAAAAAGCUUGUUCUACAGAAGCUCACAAACAGAGGAUGGCUCUCAUACGAAAGACAUUGAAGAAAUAUUGAAGUUUAUGUGUGACGGCUGUGUGGUUGUACCUGUGUAUUGUGUGACACUUGUAUGUGUUUGACAUAUUAUGUGUCUGUAACACGUUGAGAGACCUUUAUCUGGCUAGAUUCAUUGGAACGUGAAUUUAUUAAGACACCCUUUAUGGAUAAAUGUAUCCAAGGUGACAGACUAAGUAAUAUGAUUAAAAUAUAAAUGUAAUAUAGCCAGUAGGAACAUACCAGUGAAUGUUCAGAAUGAAUUAUAUCAUAUAUGUAGGACAGUCAUAGGAGUUUACGGUCUGUGACAAUAUACAUUGAUGACUCAAGAUUGACUAAAUCAAUGAUUCCACACAUGAUAUUUUUCCUGAAUAUUUUUAUGUAUCUUUUGUAAUUUGCAAUACAUAAUACAUCGGAGCAUGAGGUUAUAACUAUUUAGAUUUUUCCUGUCAUAAAUAAAGAUGACCGUCAUCACUUUUGAGUAAGUCUCUCACACUUCAUCUAGUGCACUCAGACCUGUUGUAUCUUGUCCUUGUCCAUCUUCACCUAUCAUCCAUCAUUCAUGAUCACAUGACAUUUUGUACUUAAAAUUGCUAAAUUAAAAUAAGAAAUAAAACUUAAUGGACAUUUUCAGCACAUGGCUAUUAUACACUAGUUUUUUUUUUUAGUUUUUUAGGUCACCUGAGACAAAGUCUCAAGUGACCUAUUCUAAUCCCCUUUUGUCCGUCGUCGUGCGUCGUCCGUCGUGCGUCAAUAAACAAUUUACCUUUUCUCCAAAACCUCUAAACCAAAUUCAAUGAAAUUUGGCUGGAAGCUUCUAUGGCUAAAGGUCAACCAAAAUUGUGAAUUAUAUUGUCCCCACCCCCCAGGGGCCUGAAAAUGUACAAAAGUUCUUAUUGUUAUUUACUAUAUUUUUCGACCAAACAUAUCUAGGGCAGUACUACCAGGUAAAAUAAGGUAUUUUAGGUAUUCCACAAUACUUUGUUUUAUAAAGUAAACAUUUACAAAUGCUUUAAAGUAACUUCUUUCUGUCACUAUUAAAUAGAUCUUGUUUGAAUUUGAAAAAAAAAUUGAAUUUUUUGCAACUUUUUUAUGGGAAUAUUCACAUUUGUUUGAAUUAGCUUUUACCUGGUAAUAGUAUUCAUUAGAUUCAUUAAGUCAAGUCUUGAAAAUUCUGUUGACUUUCGAUCAAUACAACCUACUUUUUUUUGUAGGUAAUUAUAUAAGCUGAGCCAUGUUUUCCAAAGAGUUACUGUUGACUCUGUUAGUCGUAUGUUCAUGUUUAAAUUAGACAAAUUAAAUUCUUCAAAAAAUUGUGAUUCUCAAUCAAAAUGGACCCCUCUUUUCUAGUAUUCUACUCGUUAUCAUAAUCAUAUGUACAGUUUCAUUGUAAGACCUGGGCCUUUGUCGUUUUUACGGUCCAAAUGGUUCGACCAUUGUUUUUUUUUUACAUGUACUUAUGAAAUAAAGACAGACCUCAUGAUUUUAUAUUGCUUUCAGAUGAGCCUUGACAUAGACUUCCAAGGCCUGUAAUAACAUUUGCAGGUCCGUCAAGAUAUAUGUUUGAAAUAUUACAUUUGAAAACUGACAAACGAAAAGGCCCCUGAGGUACUAUCCUUAUGGAGUUUAGUUGUUGAGAGAUUGAUCUCUGGGAGUAACCAAUCUUGUAUUAUUGAAUAUAGCAUUUGGUAAAAGUAAACUGCAUUUGUCGUUUUUUUGAUACACCUGUCAAAUUUAUAGGAGUAUUAUGGUAUGGUGUUGUCCAUCCGUCUUAAACUUUCAUUUACCCAGCAAUCUCCUACAUUUUUUGACCAACGGUGAACCUCUUUCAAACUUGGUACAAAAUGUAUACCGUACAUCAUAAUCAUAAAAUUCUGAUUCGACUGUUUGAAAAAGUUAUUCCCAUUUGUUUAUUUAAGUAUCAAUUUUUUGUCUGCAUAUCUACUUUUUUCGACCAAUUUUAUAUGAAAUUGUGUUUGCUUAAAAAGAAUUUUGAUUCAAUUAUUUAUUGCAAAAGGUAUUCCCCUUUGUUUAUUUCUGUAUUUGAUUUUUGUUCGUAGAUCUACAUUUUUCAACUGGCCUCUUUGAAACUUGAAACAUGUCAUGAUCCUCAUAUGAAGCUGUCUAGCUGAAAAGAAUUCCAAUUCAAAUUCUUUUGAACAACUUAUUUUCCUCUGUUUAUUCAGAGACGUACAUAUCACAAAUAGAAAACAAAUGUGAUGUAGACGGUUUAUUUCAGUAUUCAUUAUUUUGUCCAGAGUUCUCAACGAUUUCGAAAAGUUAUUGCCCUUUGUUUAUUUGGUACAUGUAUUUGAUUUUUGUAUCCUAUGUUUUUUGACCAAUUUCUUUGAAAUUGAAUUAAUUAGUGCUCUGAUAUGAAGUUAUGUUUCCCUGAAAAAAAUCUGAUUCAACUAUUUUUCCAAAAGUUAUUUCCAUCAAUUUGUGGUGUUAAAUACUUGAGUACAUACCGGUACUUGUUUUCCUUAAACUGCCGGAAAAUAAAAUAUUGACCUUGUAGUGAAAUUGAUAGCAUGUCAGCUAUCCACUCUUAAGUUAAUGAAAACCUUAUAUUAAUACAAGAUGGUACAUAACAAUAAAUGGUUUUCGACAGA